GCCGCGCCAUGAGCUGCCUCACGGUGCCCGGGGUGCACCCCGGCUCGCCCAGCCGCCCGCGCGGCCAGAUACAGGUGAUCUUCGGGCCCAUGUUCUCCGGGAAGAGCACGGAGCUGAUGCGGCGGGUGCGGCGGUUCCAGCUGGCGCAGUACCGGUGCCUGCUGGUGAAAUACUCCAAGGACACGCGGUACUGCGCCUCCGGCGUCUCCACACACGACAGGAACACGAUGGAGGCCUUGCCAGCCUGUCUCCUCAAGGACGUGUACCAGGAGGCGCUGAGCUCUGCUGUCAUCGGCAUUGACGAGGGACAGUUCUUCCCAGACAUUGUGGAGUUCUGUGAGAUGAUGGCCAAUGCUGGGAAAACUGUCAUCGUUGCUGCUCUUGAUGGGACUUUCCAGAGAAAGGCCUUUGGGAGCAUCCUGAACCUGGUGCCACUGGCGGAGAGUGUGGUGAAGCUGAACGCCGUGUGCAUGGAGUGCUACCGAGAGGCCUCCUACACAAAGAGGCUGGGAGCAGAGCGGGAGGUUGAAGUGAUAGGAGGAGCAGACAAGUACCACUCUGUGUGCCGAGCCUGCUACUUCCGCAAGCGGCCUCAGCAGCCUGGCUCAGAGAACAAGGAGAACGUGCCCCUGGGGCUGAAGCAGCUGGACGUGGCUGUCUGCCGGAAGAUCUUUGCUUCUUGAAUGCUGGGCUGCUGCCUGGGAAGACACAAGAGGAAGGAAGCGAAAUGCUGCAGCUCCCACAUGUCAUGUGAGGCUUCCUCUGCUUUUAGCAAAACUGUCCCAUGCCUCAGCUGUGCCUGCCCAGCCCCUGCUCCCCUGCGCUGAGCACCAGCAAGGAAGAGGCUCACCUGGACCUGAUGCAGGGGGAAGCUGGAGCAGGAGCCUGACCAAAAGUGAGUCUCUCUCAGAACACAGAAAAGGGAGAGGUUUGGGUACUGGUGCUGCCUCUCAAACAGCCCCACACAAGUAUCUCAGCAGGCCUGGCCUACUCUGGGCUCUGUGUGUCCUGUCAGGCCCUGGGGACAGCCGCCCUUGCCUCUGAACACAGCCAUUUCCUUCUCUCUCGUGACUUGUUGCUAAAUUCCAGGUUUCUUAAGACAAUGUACAGUAACUCAGUAUUUUAAACCCAGUUCCUUUUUUAAAGCAGUCUGAAGAGAAAACCCCUCCCCUGCCACAGAGCUGUGGCACAACGCUUCAGCUGACACAACAGCAGCAGCCCCUCAGCUCCCCUUGUAAAUGUGUUGUAGAGGUCAUUGAAGUAGCACAAGGGGAGGGGAAGGCUGUGCUGAGGGCCCAGUGAGAGGCUUCUCCUGGCUUUUGAAGGUCAAGCAGACUAGCAGCAGUUGGUCAAGGUGUUUUUGCUUGGGUCCAAGCUUGGUGCUGCGACUUCGGUGCUUAGUUACCUGCAAAGGGUUUGGAGGCUUAGGACUUCAUUUAUAAAGGUUUGGGCUACAGCUUCUGUGAAGAUCCAGCUGCCUUGAGUGCAUGGUUCUCCACACUAGUCACAUAGUCUUGCUCACUCCUGAAGCUUCCAGGCAUUCUCAGAGUUGAUUCUGCCUCUCCUGUAAGCUGACUCAAGGAUGCUUUUCCUCCCUGUAUUUUGCUUCCAGAAUGUUGUUGGCUAUUUUGAUUCUUCCUUGCCAGAGUGCUGUUCUGCAGCCUCCUGUGCCCUCUGCAUUGCACACAGUGAUGACAGUUGUACUCACAAGCACCUGAGUGCCAGGUCUGGGCUUUCCCCUUGGGGAGGAGGAGGGCAGCACUGC